AUGUGAAGGUUUGGCUAUUUGUGACUGUUGUUCGGAUAACGGUCCUCUCGCAGUGGUUUCUCCUCAGGCUGAGUGAAGCUGUCAGUACAGGGGUCUGGAGAGGGAGGGUCAACAUGGCGUCGGAGCAGGAAAUCCCAAAUGCGCCGGUGAAGAAGUCCAUGAGGGAGAAGGCUAUCGAACGCAGAUCAGUUAAUAAAGAGCACAACAGUAAUUUUAAGGCAGGAUAUGUGCCGAUUGAAGAGGAGAGACUCCACAAAACAGGACUGAGGGGUCGCAAAGGCAUUAUUGCCAUUGGCAUAAUCAUCCUACUGUUUCUGCUUGCGCUCAUCAACCUCAUUAUAACACUGGUGAUAUGGACAGUCAUACGGAUAGGUCCUGGAGGUUGUGAAAGUAUGGAAUUUCAUGAGAGCGGACUGCUACGCUUCAAACAGAAGGCUGAUAUGGGCGUUGUCCACCCACUUCACAAAAGCACAGUGGGUGGCAGGAAGGACCAGGACCUUGUCAUUACUGGCAACAAUAACCCAGUGGUGUUCCAGCAGGGCAACACCAAGCUGAGCGUAGAGGAAGAUAAGACGUCUAUUGUCAGCGACUUGGGCAUCUCCUUCACUGACCCCCGCACUCAGACGACUUUCUUUAGCACUGACUUUGAGAACCAUGAGUUCCACCUGCCCAAAGAGGUCAAGGUUCUCAACGUGAAGAAAGCCUCUACUGAGAGAAUCACAAGCAAUGCAUCAUCUGACCUCACUAUCAAAGGAGAUGGUAAGGCCAUUAUUCGUGGCAACGAGGGAGUUUAUAUCAUGGGCAAAACUGUGGAGUUCAGCAUGGGUGGGGGCAUUGAGCUAAAAGCGGAAAACAGCAUUAUUCUGAAUGGCUCAGUGAUGUUCAGUCCAUCACGUAUACCAAACUCCUCUUUAGGAGGAGACCUGUACUUCAACGAGGUGCUGGAGAGGUAUAAACUUUGCAUGUGUGCAGAUGGCACACUAUUCAGAGUGCAGGUCAAAUACUCCAACAUGGGCUGCCAAACGUCCGACAAUCCUUGUGGAGCAGCACACUAAUGAAAAAGAAAGGAAUACCACUGGAAAACACAUACACAUGCUCAUUAAUGCCUUCAUACGAACAUUUAGCGUGAGCCGCCAAAAGGAUUUUCUUCCAAAAAAUAGACAAUAGUUAUAAUAUUAGUUCAUACACACAAAAAAACACACACUAUCCACCCAUACACUCCCACCCACUAGGAUAAUUUCUUCUACACACCCACUCAGGUUUAUUAGAGGUCUAAGAACACACAUAUACACAUACCUCUAUAAUGAUAACGGCUUCUUUAUAACCAUAAAUCCGUCCCAGCACAAACAA